GAUCUCCAUUCUCCACGCCCUCUUUCUUUCUUCUUCCAAUAUCUAAAAUCUCUCCUGCUUAAAGACCAGAAAUGGAUAAAAAGUAUGCAGUGCAGUAUUGCACAGUGGAGACCAGUGAUGGGUGCAGUCUCCACGCAAGAAUCUUCUAUUCACGAAGAGAAGAAGCAGAAGUGGUUGGGGAAAGGAACUUGGUGUUGGUGUUGGUGCACCCAUACUCCAUAUUGGGUGGAUGUCAAGGUCUCUUAGGUGGGAUUGCAGGAGGGUUAGCGCACGCAGGUUAUAAAGCUGUCACCUUUGACAUGAGAGGCGUGGGCAGAUCCACAGGGAAGCCGUCUCUCACUGGCUUCAAGGAAAUCAGGGAUGUUGUUGCUGUUUGCCAAUGGGUCAGUCGAAAUCUGGACACUGAUAGGAUUUUAUUGGUGGGCUCUUCUGCAGGUGCACCAAUUGCUGGCUCUGCUGUAGAUCAAGUUGAUCAAAUUGUGGGAUAUGUGAGCAUAGGGUAUCCUUUUGGCUUCUUGGCCUCAGUCCUAUUUGGACGACAUCACAAGGCCAUACUGAAGUCACCGAAACCAAAGCUGUUCAUUAUGGGAACUCAAGAUGGGUUCACCAGUGUCAAGCAGCUGAAGAACAAACUAAGUGGUGCAGCUGGACGCACGGAGUCCCAUCUUGUAGAAGGAGUAGGCCAUUUCGAAUUGGAAGGGCCGGCCUACGAUGAUGCCAUGGUGAACUUGACCUUGGACUUUAUUAGAUCAUUGUAGAUUUCAGGGCUCACGCUUCAUAUCGAUCGUGGUUUCUAGAAAACAAAGGUAGGCUGUAUACAUCCUAUUCCCUCAAACCAUGCAUGAUUGCGGGACUUGCUUACGGAAUCUGACCUUCGCUUCCUGGAAUGCCACUUCGAGUCCUUAAACGAAGGGAGGAGGGGUUGGCACACAUGAUAUUAGCGCAUCGCACGUCUUGUAUUGUUAUUUUGAGCCAAGAUCAGUUUUAGGGCUCAUGAACUUUCUUUUGUUUAUAUGAAGUUUUGGUGCUGUAGAAUAAGGUAAAUAUUGCCCUUGCAUAAAUUAGUAAUCUUGCAGUUGAAGCAUGUUGAAAGAAA